UUAAUUAUAUGCCUACUUGGCUGGUACAAGUUCUCGUAUGAUUUUUGUUAUUUUAUAGGAUUACUAUAUGAUAAAAAUGGUGCUUAUCAGAGUUUGUGGUCAAAAGAAGACAUGAAUAAAUUUAGCAAACGAGCUCAGUGUUUCGUAGAUACGAUCAGCAACAUCACCGUACCUGGAACUGGUGGAAGGAAGACUAACGGAGAUAGCACCUUAGCUGAAACGUUUUCCGACCACGAAGGACUCAAAGCUAGUUAUAUGGCUUAUAUGCAGUGGCUGAAGACAGAUAGGGCAGACAAAGAUGAGAAAAGAUUACCAGGACUUCAAUAUACGCCAAAGCAAUUAUUUUUUCUAAAUAAUGCAAUUGACUUUUGCAGCAAACUCAGCAGAAAAGAAAGAAUAUCAGUUGUCAGAUAUUCAAAUUUUCCUGUGGAUAGUAUAAGAAUAAACUUUCAAAUGCAGAACAGCAAAGAAUUUGCAGAGGCAUGGAACUGUCCAGUUGGAUCCUUCAUGAAUCCUGAAGAUAAAUGCAAUGUAUAUUAAAAAAACAAAUGCUAGUGUUUUGAAACAAAGUCGUACUCUUAUUGUAAAAUAUUGAAUUAUUGAAGAAUUGUGUUGUCACUGUAUUGAAUUAAACGACUUAAGCGAGUAUAAUCAUUAGUGUAUUGAUGUUAUUGAUUAAUGUAUUGA